GGCACCACCACACUCGCUCAGAUUGGUUAUUUGGUUGAUAAAUAAUUUUAGGUUCACCUCACUCAGGUGCUGCAACAACCUACAGCAGGACAUUUCAUUUGCCUUUUCAACAGGUUUGGUCAACCAGGUGGAUGUCUAUCUGUCUGAACCGAGGACUCGGGCUGGUGAGGCGCGCGCGCGCCGGGACCACGAGGGCGCGGUAACCGGCUAGGACCAGCCCCCAGCACGCGGGAGGGAGGGUUUAACCGUCAGCCCCAGAGCCAGGCUGCGGAGCCGGUUCCGUACUUAAGGCGUGCGCACCGGCGCGAGCGCCUCGUCGAACCGGGAGCAGGACUCUGGUCGGACCUGCACGUGAAGGUGACGGCCUCUCUGGGUGGACAUGUACUUUUCCACAGCGUGCAACUCAAUCCUCGUUCUGGAGAUCUUUAAAUAUCUCCUCUGAAAACCUCCCAGCUUGCACGUGGUGUAAGGCGAGACUUUUGCAGCGGCUGCCAUCACACACUCGGAGGAGUCGACGGUCGGGGCUGCUGUCCAGCUUCUUCAGUUGCUAGAACUUCGGAGGGUUGUUUCCUAUUGGCUGUCGGGGAUUUCUGCAGCCUACCGCUCUCCUCCGUGCUCUGUCUUCACUCUGCAUGCCGCUCCUUUUGCCUGCCGGCCUGUAGGAUCCUGCAGUGAAUGGAGAACUUACUGGUUCUGCUCCCGAAGCACAGACAGGAACACGGGCUCUGCACACGCACGGCUGGAGGUGGCUUGGUGCGAGGCUUUCCCUUCUCUUUGGUAACCACCUGUGCGCCUCUUUGAUGGGAUAAGCCAGUUGGACAAAUCGGGUUCAAAACCAGUUUGGUCGGCUGGUUCCUUUCCUGCAAGCCUAGCCUGAGGUGCGCGGAGCUGAUUUUUACCUAGCACCCUGUCUGUCCAAGGCCUCCGCAUGGUACUUUGGUCCAAAGAGCAAGACAAACUCCGUGGCAUCGACAUGUCAUCAGGGGCCAGUGAGAUGAAGAAGGAGGGAGGCUGCCUGAGUCCAGCCUUCCUGAACUCCAACUGCACUGCUCACCCACUGAUCCUGACCAGAGGGUCUGAAGAAGGGAGCCCAGAGAGCGGGGGCGAGUUAGAGCUGACUGAGGUCACGUCCUUCAGAGAGAGGACCAGUGAGACGGGGGAUGACGAGGACAGGUUGGACAUCGUGGUGGUGAUGGACUGUAUGGCAGACGCCAAAGGUCAGUGUGAGGAAGAUGCUCUCCUGGAGAACGCGAGCCAGAGCAACGAGAGCGACGACAACAGCACCAACCAAAGCCCCGAUCCUCCAGCCGCCCUCAAGGAAACCUCCUUUUCCAUCGGCCUGCAGGUGGUGUUCCCCUUCCUGCUGGCCGGGUUUGGGACAGUGGCGGCUGGAAUGGUGCUGGAUAUUGUCCAGCACUGGACGGUGUUCACGGCGGUGUCAGAGGUCUUCAUCCUGGUUCCUGCUCUACUGGGACUCAAAGGAAACCUGGAGAUGACUUUGGCUUCCAGACUUUCCACGGCGGCUAAUGUUGGACAUAUGGACACGGCCAAGGACAUGUGGAAGAUGAUCAUGGGGAAUCUGGCUCUCAUCCAGGUCCAGGCCACUGUUGUGGGGUUCUUGGCUUCCAUUGCUGCUGUAAUCUUUGGCUGGCUUCCAGAGGGAGACUUCAGGAUGGGCCACGUGGUGCUGCUGUGUGCCUCCAGUGUGGCUACUGCCUUCAUUGCUUCUCUGCUCCUGGGUCUCAUAAUGAUCGGUGUGAUCGUCGCAUCCAGAAAAGUCGGCAUCAACCCUGACAAUGUGGCCACGCCCAUCGCAGCUAGUCUGGGAGACCUGAUCACCUUGUCCCUGUUGGCAGGCAUUUCUACUGGGCUCUACAAGGAGCUAGAGUAUAAUGACUACGCCAGCCCACUGGUGUGUGCUGUGUUCGUGGCCCUGUGCCCUCUUUGGGUGCUGAUAGCCAGGAAGAUCCCAUCGACUCGAGAGGUCCUGUACUCCGGGUGGGAGCCUGUCAUCAUUGCCAUGGCCAUCAGCAGUGUUGGAGGACUGAUCCUCGAUAAAACCGUCACAAACCCAAACUUCGCCGGCAUGGCCGUCUUCACUCCGGUCAUCAAUGGGGUGGGGGGGAACCUUGUGGCGGUCCAGGCCAGCCGGAUCUCUACCUAUCUCCACAUGAAUGGUCUUCCCAUGGGGGAUCCUGACCCCACUCCGAGGAAGUGUCCCACGCCCUGCUCCUCUUUCUUGGGCUCCACUGUCAACUCUCACUCAGCCCGCGUGCUCUUCCUCCUGGUUGCCCCGGGUCACCUCAUCUUCCUCUACACCAUCAACUCCCUGAGGGGGGGUCACACCACGCUGACACCCAUCUUCAUCAGCUUCUACCUGGUGGCUGCUCUGCUGCAGGUCAUGAUCCUGCUGUACCUGGCUGACUGGAUGGUUCACUGGAUGUGGGGGCGAGGCAUGGACCCUGAUAACUUCUCCAUCCCAUACCUGACAGCCCUUGGUGACCUGCUGGGGACCGGCUUCCUUGCCCUCUGCUUCCACAUGCGCUGGUUCAUCGGGGACAGAGACUCGAAUCUGGGCAACUGAGCACCACUAGCCGUAGGAAGACCGAAGCUUAAACACGCGUGUGCUGCACACACCUGAGCAAUAACUGAUCACGCAUGUGUCCAAUGAAAGGGCUGUUCUCAUGCAGGAUGUUGACAACAUCAUGUUUUAUCUCCCAGGAUAUCAGGACACUGUUUUACUGUUGACCAGAAAUCCAGACUGUGUCCUUCUGUUACCAUGGAAACACCGACCUCUACACCUCAACCACACACCCACGUCCCACCAACAGUAGCUCUGCCUCUAGACUCACCCUAACCUACUGAGUCCUACAACAUGUCUUCUGCUUGUUGAAGAACAUUGUCGGGAUGUGAUGCAUUUGAUAUGACUUGAUGACUGUUCUACGUGCACAGACUAUCCUCAUCAUUGUCAAUGGGGGUGCUAGCCUUUCUCCUUAAAGACACUUGAAACCAGAGAGACAAAAAUGUAAAGCCUAGAAUGAAUCGUCACCAAGUGCUAGAUGACUCGAACUCAGCUGCUUCCUUCAACAUCAGCUUUAAUAUCAGUGCUGAUGGUCCGUAGGGCUGUUCUGCCACAGAGGACUGGACUGACUUCACCUAGGAUCAGUCUCACUGUCUCUGUGUCUCCGUGGUCACAUCCUGAACUCAGUAGAGUUUAAGUCUCCUCCCUUUCCGGUCGGCUCACGGGUCCCCGGAAGAACGAAAAACUGAAAGCAAGUCAACGGGACUAAAACGUUCUUUUCUAAUCCGCUUAGCCUUACGCCCUGGAUCUCACAUAUGUUGUACUCAAACCCCCACAGUUCAGGUCUGAAGAUGAAGCCAACACGGAAAUGAAAUAAAUUGCAGUUCCAUCCUCAUCCACUAGGGGCUGGUGUCAGAAGCGAGCAAAUCCUCAUUGACUCCCAUGUUAAAAAUACCAAUUUCACAGCAGAAAUAAACAUGUUUACAGCCUGGUACCAGAACAUGUUUUAGGUUUAAAUGAUCUAGUUUACACUCAUGACAACUCUGAGGGGGGUGAAUGUUUUUCUCACUCUUCUGUUUAAGUGUAUUAAAAGCCUAAAAUUCUGUAUAAUUAAUGAGCAUCAGACCCACGUGACCACAGAGCUAGCUCCGUGGAAAGACCUCAGUAGAGCCUCGGUCUGGCCUGGAAACUGCUCCGGGAUUUUGAGUCUCUGUGUGUGUGUGUUCUUGUUUGGAUAUUAUUUGUGCAGUUGUUGGACAAAAUGACUUGCUGUGGCAUUAAUUGCACCAAGGAGUCUCCACUUCAUUUUUUCGGUAAGUAAAAUUAUAUUUAUGUAUUUUAGGUCACUGCCGAGCUGAGCUUAGAUUUUAACAUGUACUGUUUAACCAUGAAAUUUAAAUGUAAUAGGGUAAAACCCAGUGCAUUUAACAUAAUGCUGCACUUUAGAAAAUGGGUUGAAAUAUAACAUGUUGGUGGAGCUGGGUUCCCACUAUCGGCUUGUGGAGCUCUCGGAGACCUCUGUGUUCCACCCGGUUUUACCCAGCGGUCAGCCCGGCGUAUCUCUGACUCAGAAGCUCUGGUGUUGUGCACAGUUAACUCCGGUUGUAGCUAGGUUGCUAACUCUGUUAGCUUAGCUUCCACCUCCACAUUAGCUUUGGGUUAGCUUGUAGCUACAUCGCUUCAGUUCGACGGGUGUCGUCAUUUGAUUCCAGCCUUACAGCCCCACCCUCAGCUCCACCUCUCUUCCCUUUUGGCACAAACAUUUAUAAUUGGAGCCUAUGGACACGAAAUGUCCAGUAUAUUUAUGUCGACGGUUGUACUGCUAUUUAAAUGAAAACUAAUGAUGGGUGCGUCGACCACGCCAGUCACGUACUUUGAGAUUUAUCAGCUUGUAAAGGUUCAUAAUUAGCAUGAUUACAUCGGCACGUCACAUAUAUGACAUCACCGCAGAGUCUCCGCCCCCCUAGCGUAGCUGCUACGUACGACAUGACCAGAUUUAUGGUGGUUCUUUCCUCCUGAAGGAAGCAUUUGAAGUUUGCUGAACUGACUGCCCUUUUCCCUCAGUUUCUCCGUGUCUGGUUUGAUGACGUCACUUUCGUGAGGCGCUUUUGUAGUUCUGGACUUAUUUUCACGCAAAACCUAAAAUAUCGUUCCCACCGUUUGAAAAUGAGUGCGUUCUUCAUAUCAAAAUGUGUCUUUAGAGUUCACGGACAUCAUGUGUGACCUUCAUGGUACAAAACAAGCUGAGUUAGAAAUUAGCCUUUUUGGCCCCGUUGGCUUGCAUUCAUUUUUUCGUUCUUCUGUGGACCCGUGGACCGGCCGUCGAUGGGCGUGACUCAGGCUCCCUAUAAGUAAAAGCCUGUAUGAAGGGGGGUCUCUUGAAGUUCUAAAUCCUGCAAAAGCAACCAAGAACUUUGGUUGAAUCAUCUCAGUUAUGCCACAAGUAUGUAGAGAAACCCCAAAACAGCUAGCUAGCUCCCUGGGUGGCCAGGAGUUGUCAGUUCCAGCUGCCCCAGUAAGACCCAUCUCUAUCUGCUGAGGUUCUACUGGGCCAUUUUAUUUUACUGAUGAAACACUCUUGUUCCCAGUUGAGCUGUCCAGGUAUUAUGGGAUGGGAGGUAAACGGUGGAACCAGAACCCAGAGCUUCCUCUACAAUUGUUUGUUGUGCUGCUCCAGACUGAUGUGGGUCCAAGGCCCGGUUCACAUGGCAGGAUUUUUGAAUCCACAUGAUGAUGGACAUACCAGCUUUGGUGUGGUGUGCAGCAACUCAGCAAGAAAUGCACACCACACCCAUUCCACAUAUAAACAUUCAUGUCAGACGGGAAGUCUCUCCGGAUCAACCUUUGGAAUAACUAAAUAUGGAGGAGAGGGCGCAUGCAGCAUGCUUCCAUCAACUCGCUUUCUGAUUGGCUACAGGUCACAUUCAACAGACAGCACAUCUCUUAGUCCUCAAAGUCGGACCAAGACAAUCCCACGUUUGAAAGCUCAAAUUUAUGUCUGGAGCGGUCCUGAUGUCCUUCCGAGCAAACCAGACACACCACACAUGGCAGGAAUGUCUGAUGAGAUUAUCUUUGAAGCCGGCUUGGUUAUUGUUUGCGUCUUUGUGAACCUGGUCUAAAUUUAGCUGGAUUAUCCUGCCAUGUGAACCAGGCUUAGCAACCACUGAGCUCGCAGUUAUCUCAUUAACCUUUGACCUGUCUCAGGGUCUGCUCACUGAGGUGUAGCACUAAAGAAACACAAAGACCUGAGUGCCUUUCUAACUGCCACCAGCUGAUUCCUGUUUCAUUUGCUGGUCUGAACAGGUUUUGGUGUUUUAGGCCUUCUCUUCCCUGUCCAACACGACUGUGAUGCUCAUCCUGACCUUUCUGUGGGUGACGAUGACCUGAACUGUUCCGUGUCCUCCUACCGUUUAGCUCCCUGGUGUUCGCUCAGAAGGAUCCGAUGUUUGGUUCGUUUUUUUUAGGUUUGUCUUUUCUAAAGGGGCCAACAGAAUGCAGAGCACAUGGAGCAGAACUAGAUUGUCUAGUUUUUGUUUUGUUUUCUGGUCUUAAUGAUUUUUUGCGUGUCACUUAAGGUAAAGUUGUUUUGUUUCCUCCUGAUUGCUUUAACUUUUCAAGAUUAUUGUUUAGUUUUCGUUUUUUAAUCAACCACUGUAAACAAGUACUGUAGUCUGUAAAGCCUCCACCAGGGGGCAGUGCCGAGUCUUCCUGUUCUCUGGACUCUAACACACCUGUCCACCAGAGUGGACACUUUGGAUCACCCUCAGCAACCAGGUGCCGGCGUUCGGCCUCACGUUAACCAUAAGUUGUGCAUACUUCUACAAAGGGGCAAGUAAUGCUUUGUCUAUUUAUUUUUAAAAACACACAAAGCAAAUUGUACAUAUCAUAUUUAUUCUAUAUAUAAGGUUGUCUAUUUUUGUCUUGUCCUUUUGACUUUUUCCAUUUGUUGCCACCGUUUUCAGUUUGAUCUGUUUUUGUUUUCCUUCUGCAACAAGCUAAUGAAGUUCUGAUUUUGUGCUCGCUGUGAUAAAACGCAGUGAGGUUAAAACCUAUUACCACAUCUAAUAACAGUAAUCACACACAGAUGGAAAAACGUCUCAUGUAACAAGAUGGCCUUAACCUAUCAGAGCCAAGCUCGACUCGAGUAACCAAUCAGGAGUUAGGUUUGCCACAGAGUAGCUUCUCUUUCUUUAGCUUUGAUUAAUAAAGUACAGUUUAUUGAUCAUGUGUGAUAGAAGAAUGGCUUUGAAGGAAGUGGAAACCUCAGUCUUCUGUUAGUGUGGUGCUGAUCCACAUCCUGAAAGUCUGGAAUUAAACCGCUCAGUCCUGCUGACCCACAGAACACCCCCCCCCCCCCCCCCCCCCAUGGACACCAGCAGUCCUGCUGCGUCUCAAGUCUUCAUGUUGGUCUUUAAAAGCCUUCCUUCUGUCAGCCAGGAGAGUGUUCACUCUGCAGAACUUUGUCAUUUGCUGGAAAUAAAUGUCGAUUAUUCCUACA